AUGUACGACAUGACAUGGAUUCCCAUGCAAGUGUUCUCACCGGAGCCGCACAUUGUCACCGACAGCAUUGACUUUACUGUCGCCCUCUACUGGUCCCUGGAUAUCAUCGGCACCUUCUUCACAGCGUUUCACUCGAGCAAAGGAGAGGUGAUUCGGGAUCACAAGCGAAUUGCUUUGCACUACCUGAAGCGAUGGUUUCUGCUGGACAUUAUGAUCGUGUCAGUGGACUGGGCCUUCAUGGCAACCACCUUAGGACCAGCAGGGACCAUCGACGGAGUGCCCAUGGAGAGUGAAGGCUCUGGCCUUGCACGGCUUGGCAAGGUCAUCCGCGUCGCACGCAUCCUGCGAACAUUCCGCCUUCUACGGCUGAUGAAGUUGCGGCACAUCUUUUUCGCCAUUCAAGAGCGUAUCGAUUCUGAGGUGGUGUUCAUCCUCGUGGGAACCAUCAAGAAUUUGCUGGUGCUGCUCUUCGUGAACCACGUGUUUGCCUGCUUGUGGUACCUCAUCGGCAUUGUUGGCGAAGGAGGAGUCCCAGAUGAUCACUGGGUCUUCUACUACAAGAUUGUGGAGUUGGACGUCCUUGAGAGAUACAUGCUCAGUCUCCACUGGUCGCUUACUCAAUUCACACCCGCAGGAAUAGAGGUUCAUCCCCGCAAUGUUGGGGAACGAGCAUUCAAUGUCUUGUUGAUUUUGAUUGCGAUGGUCGGCUUCUCCUCCUUUGUAAGUUCCAUCACGGCAUCCAUGACGAGAUUGCGAAGUCUGCAGGGCAAUGAGCUCUCAGAGGCCUUCCUUCUUCGGAGGUUCCUCAAGGAGAACCGGAUCUCGGCAGACCUGCAGUCGAGGGUGGUUCGCUACAUCGACAUGGCCACGGAGGUGAAUCGGAAAAAGAUUGACAAGAGCCGCGUGCAGUCGCUCAACAUGCUCAGCGGCCCGCUGCGAGUAGAGCUGCAGAAGGCGUUGCUUUGCCGGGUGGAGCUGAAGAGAUGUCAAGAGCUCAAGCGGUGA